AUGUCUACAACUACCACCCUCUAUACACCAGACGGAACUGUCGUCAUAAACAAGAUUGGUCAUGGUUUGACGUCGAUGACAGGAACGGGCGACCAUCCCGAUGAGCGGUGCUUCGAGGCGAUCAAAGCUGGCAUAGACUCUCUUCCGGCUGGCGUGAAGAUGUUCUUGAACGCUGGCAUCACCGCAAACCUCGAGAUGCUAUCCAGAUUCUUCGAGAAGUAUCCCGAUUAUGCCGACAGGACCUUCCUAUCUGUCAAGGGAGGGGCGAAGGCAGGAACCCUGAUCAUCGACGGUAGUGACGAGAACACCACACGCAGUGUCAACACGAUACUCGAGAAACUUCGCGGAACGAAGAAGGUCGACCUCUUUCAGUGCGCCCGUGUCGACAAAAGUGUCCCUAUAGAGCAGACUCUCGGGCUUCUCGCGAAGUUUGUAAAGGAAGGCAAGAUUGGGUCCAUCGGGAUGUCCGAAGUCAGAGCCGAAACGUUGCUUAAAGGACACAAGGUUCAUCCUAUUACCGCAGUAGAGAUUGAGGUCAGCCCCUGGGAGUAUGACCCAGAGGCAAAGGAGGUCAUCAGUGUGGCACAACGGAACAACAUCGCUGUCAUUGCGUAUUCUCCCAUCGGACGCGGUUUCUUGUCGGGCGAGAUCAAAAGCAUCGAGGACUUACAGGACAACGACCGACGUCGCAUCAUGCCGCGUUUCCAGAACGGGAACUUGGAGAAAAAUCUCGCCGUCUUCGACAAACUCGUUGCUAUCGCCAACGAGAAAGGUAUUAAACCGGCACAACUGGCCAUCGCAUGGGUGUCAUCUCUGGGACCUCGCGUUGUUCCUCUACCCGGUUCAGCUCGGACCGACCGUACUCUCGAGAACCUCGGUAGCAACUAUGUGGCAUUCACACCUAAUGAACUGGAGAAGGUCACUGAGGUUAUCGACAACGCGGUGGUUGCUGGCGGUCGUGUUCCUGAAGCAUUUGUUAAGUACCUUUGGGCAUGAUACGCAGCGUUGUCGUUGGCUGUGGCUCAAGCUCUAAUGUUGCAGAGAAUACGAAUAUGGGCGUAAGAUGAUGAAGUCGUUAAAACGCGAAGUGUCUAUAUAAGUUAUGACAUCUGUAUCACAAGGCCUGUGUCAUCCAUGACAUCUCUUGCGCAACUGAACAUUAAGGGCGCUUACGCACUGCUCUAUGUAGUCGUUUAUGAUGGGCCGGCUAGUGAGUGGUCUAAGCGGUGGGUGUAAUCGUUACCAGCGUUGGUAGAUUGCUCGACGAGGGAGGAUACUUAGAAUAAGGC